AUGAAUCAAGUCACUAUAUUUUCCUACAGGCAAUUUGUCGAGGUACCCUCUUCAAAGGUAGCAUUUGGGGAGGGGAGCUCACUUUGGGAAGUAUUCGGAGGAUUCCCCGAUGUUCUUGUGCUGGCCACUUUCGCACAUGGCUUUGUGCACAAGGAGCAUUACGCUCAACAGCUCAUCAAGUUGGGCGAAACAGCCGAAUCUUUAGGCGAGCGUUUCGGCAUCCGUGCCUCCACUGAACAGUCAGUGGAGGAUGUGGUAGCAGCAGCAACGGAAAGGAUCCUAGCUGGUCCCAGCAUGCCCAACAUCGGAACCAUUAUGCUCAUUGCUGGGGCACUAAAGAGGGAGGUGGUCGUGCACAUGGAGGAUAGAAAAAUUUCAGCACCACCGUGCACAUGUUUGGAAUACUUUGAAGGCGAGGAGGUGCAUGUGUACGUGGACAGAGGCAGAAGGGCCUACUAUCUGACGACAAAAACUGGUGAUGAAAAGACCCACAUCAUGAAGGAGGCGAACAGAUUUGAAACAGAAGAUCCUGACAGAAGCAUCUUCAAAGACGAAAAUGACGCCGAGACGGUGGUCAUGCUGGCAACCACGGGGAUUCUGCUCCAAGCUAAAACACCACAGUACCAGUCAGUAUCUGUUUCGCGAACAUCUUGUGUCAUCACUAAUUUACAGUGA